AUGCCUCGUCCAGCCCCCAAACGAAGUCGCACAGCGGGGAAGAAUCAGCCCAAAAACACCAUAGGAGACUCAACACAACAAAUUGACCCCAAUGUCGCGAAAUCGCCUGUGCAGCCCGAGCGAGCCCUGGAUCCGAGACAGGCCCUACGCAGUCAAACACCCUUGACCAAAGGCCAUGAACAAGCAAUUGAAUCUUCACCCACGGGUGACCGGCCAGGCACCGGCAGUCGACCUGGAACUGGCAGUCGUCCCCCUACAAGAUCGCGCGGUUAUUCCUCUACGCUAUCAUUCGCUGGACGCAAAGGCGACACGAACUCCCGGGUUCCUGGGACGCCUGGAUUCGACAAUUCGGUUCUGAGCAACUUUAGGCGGCGGCCGCGACAGCAAAGCAUUCUGCAGAUGAUGCAAGCCGACGACGAUGGCUCUUCCGAUAUUGAUGAUGAUGACUUCCUUGGUGGGCUUAGCCCCAAUGAUGAAUCGACACCACUGAACCUCUCUCGGGGAAAAUCGCUACUUAUCAAGCCAACGGACAAAUCAUCCCCGUCACCAUCCGAAUCCCCGCUCUCGUCCGGCGGAUCGCGCAAGCGCAAGCGCAUGACCCAAGAGAUUCAAGUACCACAGUCGCCUAUUGAUAUGGUAGAAGAUACUCCAACUGCGACCCCGAUUCGACACGGCGACUCUCGACAUGAUAUUGGAGACGAACUUCCUGAAGAUGAGGAUGUUGAAUCUGAGGGCGAGGAACUUGGAGAUCAGGAGGUUGAUGUCGAAAGAGUCGAGGCUACACCGCAAUCCCAAAGGUUACCAGAAAUAUUAAGCCAGACUAUGUUACCACCGGCCAGCAGCCCUGCUGGUUCCGUUACACCUAGUGACUCCACGCCGCGACCUGUUCAGAGGAAAAAGUCCAAAGCCCCGAGUCAUCUAUCGACAGCAAACCUGCAAGACAAGCUUUUACCACGUCGUCGGCGCAGACUCCGCACCAUUAAUGAUUAUAGCGACGAGAGUGAUGAUCAGCACGAUGCUGCAUCUGGUGACGAGGACGAGUUGAACUACCCAUCACAAAGAUCAUCCGGGCGAAGGGCAGGGAAAAGCAAACCCAAACCAUUAGCCAACACCCGCAACCCGAAGCAGAAGAAGAUUAAAGAGAAGAAAACCAAGGACAAAUCGUCAAAAGAACCAGCUACGUAUUCAGGUUCUCGAACGAGUGGUGUCAACAAAGAAAACGAAACGAUUCUGUCAUCGCCAUCAUCUUCUCCUUUGUCAUCACCACCUGAAUCCGACGUUUCUGAUUCGGAAUCUGUGGAAACAGAGGCCACUCGUUGCGUGAGCGAUGAGUUGCGCGCUGCCGUCAAAAAGUUUGCGGAAGUGGAUCAAUGGGAGAUGGAAUUCGAAGAUGUAUCUGCUUCAGAGAGCUAG